AUCUUCCUUGGCUGUUCACCUUUAAUGUGAAGUUUUAUCCUCCUGAUCCUUCUCAAUUGACUGAAGAUCUCACCAGAUACUUCUUGUGCCUUCAGCUCCGGCAGGACAUUGCCUCUGGCCGCCUGCCUUGCUCUUUUGUGACGCACGCCCUCCUGGGAUCUUAUACUCUGCAGGCUGAGCUUGGGGACUAUGAUCCAGAAGAACAUGGCAAUAGUGACCUCAGUGACUUCCAGUUUGCCCCCACACAGACCAAGGAGCUGGAAGAGAAGGUGGCAGAGCUGCAUAAAACCCACAGGGGUUUAUCUCCAGCACAAGCUGAUUCUCAGUUCUUAGAAAAUGCAAAGAGGCUCUCCAUGUAUGGUGUUGACCUACAUCAUGCCAAGGACUCGGAAGGCGUGGACAUCAAGCUGGGUGUGUGCGCUAACGGGCUCCUCAUUUACAAAGACAGACUGAGAAUCAAUCGUUUCGCUUGGCCGAAAAUCUUGAAAAUUUCCUAUAAGCGCAGUAACUUCUACAUUAAAGUUAGGCCAGCAGAGCUCGAACAAUUUGAGAGCACCAUUGGAUUCAAACUGCUAAACCAUCGGGCAGCAAAAAGGUUAUGGAAAGUGUGCGUGGAACAUCAUACUUUCUACAGAUGGAAAUUAAGCAUUACUUUGUAUUUUUCCUCCAACUAUCCAAAGAUUGACGGCGGGGCCGGUGGUGACUCGGGGACGUUACUCACGGCACAAACCAUCACAUCUGAGUCUGUGUCAACAACGACAACAACGCAUAUCACCAAGACUGUGAAAGGUGGAAUAUCUGAAACAAGAAUUGAGAAACGCAUCGUGAUCACGGGAGAUGCAGACAUCGAUCAUGACCAGGCGCUGGCCCAGGCCAUCCGGGAAGCCCGAGAGCAGCACCCGGACAUGUCGGUCACCAGAGUGGUGGUGCACAAAGAAACGGAGUUGGAGGAAGGGGAAGACUAAGUAAGAAAUUCCAUUUUUUAAACAACACUCAACUUUGUGAACCUGAAGAAUUUUGACCAUUCCAAGUCUUAAUGCCAUACCACUACUCCAGCGAAUUUAUUCUACAACUGGUAACAAUGACCAGGAGCCUGAAGAAUUAAAAUGCCAACAACCAAACCUUACCUUAACAGCUCUGGUCUAUACCGUUCCCUCGCAUUUUAAUACAUUAUUUUGUUUUAUAACCACUUCUAAAUAUUCUUGAUUCUUUCUUUCUUUUCUUUUCUUUUUAAUUAGGGAGUUUUGUCUUUGUUUCCUGUUUACUUUGUGUACAACUACCUGCUUUUUAUCACUCAUUUUGAUCAAAUGAUAGUGAACAAAGCCAGCCCCACGCUGGUAAGGUGUGUUCACUUGAACAGGUGCUGUUGUGUGGAAAGGAAACUCUGUGACUAAUUUCCGAUAGUGGCUUUCCUGUCUUCCAGAUCCUUUUCAUUGAAUCCUUACAGUAAAUAUUUACGGAGUUUUCCGAUUGCGGUAAAUAUACUGUAUGAGAAAAUAUUAAUACAGAUCAAAAGCAUUUCUUACAUCCUGAAAAUUUUCUAAUGUUUGAGAAUUUCAUUGGGGCUGUUUUUUAUAUUGGACCCUUUCUGACUUUCCAGUCCUCUGACUUUUUACUGAAAGUCAGAGAUGCUCCAGACUGGAGAAUUACAAAGAAGCUCACUGACCACGCACUGUGUUUCGAGACCCUGUCACGCCACAGUGCCAACUCUUCUCAGACACAUGCUCUUCGGCAGCAUUCCAGAACCAGGAGGGAGGAAAAAGAGAAACUACUGUUUCUUCCCUUCUACUAAAAAUUCAGGCAGCUUAAAACCUUAGUGCUUUCUUUCUUAACAUGUCCAAAUUUCAAGACUUUCCAUUAUUUGAACACUUUGUGUAGAACACUUGCUUUGUAUUAAACCUCCCUGUCUACUUGUAAAACUGACCUUUUGUUAUUGAGCAGGUAUAUCUCUUUCAGAUAGUUGGAUGAUUCACACAGGUUUGAGGACACUGGGGAGAAGAGCAGGGGCUGUGGUGGGGUUUUUUUGAUGGUUGUAAGGAAGCGAUACCAUUUACAGCUGACACCAGAGACCUGAUAGGGACCUAUUAACGGUAUUGAAUAUGUUUUCCUUUGCUUUUGACCCUAUGUAUAGUUACGAUGCCAGAUUAGAUUUAUAGCAGCUUCAAGUUGUAUUAAAUGAUAUUUUGCUUUCUGUAAUACUGUUAUAAAAUAAAGUGUGUUUAUUCUCUAAA